AUGCAAAUACAAGAAGAUGGUGCGAAAUACUGGACACCUACAACCCAAAACGAGAAGACACCAUACGAAGGACAGCGAUUUGAAACAAUUGACAUCGGGAUUGAUUUCUACCAAGCAUACGCUAAGGAGGCAGGAUUUGAUGUUAGGCACGGCUCAAAGCGUAGAAACCGAAUGGGUGAAGUGUCAAUUAAAUACAUGCUAUGCUCACGAGAGGGUUACAAGGCGGAAAGGAACGAAGCCACAAAUACCGCGAACAAACGAAAGAGGCGGAGGAGAGUGUCAAACAGGAUAGGAUGUAAGGCACGUAUGGUAAUGACAAAGUGUGACACUGGCGGAUACAAAGUCCAUGCAAUGGAGCUACGCCAUACACACUGUCUAUGCUCGGAUAAAGCCAAACCUUUUUUAAAGAUAAAUAGGCAGCUUGACAUCGGUCACAAAACCUUUUUGGCUCACUGUGCAAAGGCAAACAUAGGUCCCACAAAAGCUUUCAGACUCUUCAAACAGAUGGUGGGAAGCUUUACGGAUCUAGGAGUGACAUGCAUUGACUUUUGCAAUUUUAGGCGAGACCUGUUGGCCUAUAUAGCUGAGGCAGACGCCCAAAUGGUGAUAGAAGACAUGUUCAAAAGAAAACAAGAAAAUCCGGACUUCUAUUUCGAUUAUGACAUUGACGAAGAAGCUCAAUUAUCCAGGAUAUUCUGGGCAGACGCAGAAUCCCGAAGGAAUUACGCAUGUUUCGGCGAUGUCAUGUCAUUCGAAGCUACAUACAGCACAAACAGGUACAAGUUAGUCUUCGUCCCUUUCACGGGGGUGGAUAAUCACAAAAGAAGCAUAACAUUUGGGGCAGGCCUGAUUGCGAAAGAAGAUGUAGAGUCGUAUGAGUGGCUACUAAAGAACUUCAAAACUGCAAUGGAAUACGCACCAAGAUGUACUAUAACUGACCAAGAUCCAGCACUCAAGAUAGUAGUACCACAAACUAUGCCAACAACAAGGCACAGAUUCUGUAUGUGGCACAUUACCACAAAAGUGGGGGAAAAGGUAGGGGCAACCCUGUGGCAUAACGCGGACUUCAAAAAGGCAUUGAAUAGUAUCAUAUGGGAUGAAACGUUAACCACAGAUGAAUUCGAGAGAAAAUGGGAACAGGUAAUGAAGGACUACAAUCUAGAAGAACAUAGGUGGUUUACCCAGUUGUACGAUGCACGUGCAUCAUGGAUACCGGCAUACUUCAACGACAUACUGAUGGGAGGACUGCUCAGAACAACAUCAAGAUCAGAAUCAGAAAACAACUAUUUCGGUAAAUUCACAAACCACCACUGCAGCUUGGUAGAAUUCAUGGCACAAUACAACAGUGCCAUCGGAGAACAAAGACAUAAUCAAGCAAAGCUAAUCGCAGAAAAUGAAGGUUCAUACCCGGAAACAAAAACCCCUUUGAGUAUUAAGAAGAAUGCUGCUACAGUGUACACUAUAAACAUAUUCUACGAACUCCAAACAGAGAUAUGGGAAGCCAGUUUCACGAACCACAUCAUCCACAAACACAACGUAGGUGAUAUAUGCAAGUACAAAGUUGAGGACACAGAUGGAAAAAUGUUUGAAGUAACAGAAACCCCACAAGCGGAGGAAAUAGAGUGUGCGUGCAAGAAAUUCAACCGUGUUGGUAUACUAUGA